AGUACAAACAUGCUAAAUUUUUGGUCAAUAUUUCCACAUGAAAAAUAUUACAAUUUGGAUCAAAUUCAACACACUCUUCAAUUUGGAUCAAUUUGAAAAAUAUUUCCAAAUGAAAAAUAUUUCAUGGUCUAUAAAUACCGUCUUGGCUCUUGAUGUUGCAGCAUAGUAUAAUCAAAUUCAAAAAAAAAAAAAAAACAGAAGAAAGAGAGAAACCAUGAGUAUUAGCUUAAGGUUUAUAGUUGCUGGUCUUACUCUUUUCCUUGUCUCCCGAUACGCUACAUGUCAAGCCAUAAUGAGAAUCCCACUCAAAACGAAAACCUUGUGGAACAAGGACGAUGUGUCUUUAACAAAUGAUAAUGACAAUACUUACUUCGGGCAAAUUAUGGUAGGAACUCCGGGUCAGCCUUUCAACGUGUUGUUUGACACCGGGAGUUUCGACCUGUGGGUUCCUUCUUUAGAAUGGCCUAAACCGCGAGGCAAAAAGUAUAGAUCAAGCGCAUCAAAGACUUACAAACGCGAUGGUAAGCUGAAUAAUUUUCCAUAAAUAUGAUACAUGUAUAUAGCUAUAUAUAUAAUUGGUGGGUUUUGUGCCUGUGAAUUUUAAAUCUAUCUGCUAUAUAUAUACAGGGACGAAAAAAGAAAUCAGAUACGGAGCAGGUUCUCUGAAGGGGUUCAUGAGCAACGAUGCGGUCGAGAUAGGCGGGUUACGCAUCAAGCAGCAAGCGUUCAUCGAGGCAACUGAAGCUCCGGGGUAAACGGAUUUACCAAAGGCCGUGGGAUGGCAUAUUUGGACUUUCAGGCCUAUCGAAAUCAACCAUCACAGGAGCUCGUCCCAUCUGGAGAACGAUGAUGGAUGAAGGGGUGGUUACAAACAAAGUGUUCUCGAUAUGGCUUCGACGGUACAGUGAUUCUGGUGAAAACGGUGGAGAAAUAGUCUUUGGAGGUAUAGACCAAGAGCACUUCACCGGAGCUCAUACCUACGUUGAUGCUGAAGGGCCGCAUAACACCUUCAAGGUGCACUCCUUUUUUGUGGGCAAAAUUGACACGAAAGUUUGCUCCAAGGGAUGCAAAGUUCUUGUGGACUCGGGGAGUACAUACAUUCGUGGUCCACCGGUAAGUCUUUCUGUUUUAAUUAAUUAUCUCUCAUCAUUUCAUUUGUUAAAUUAAAUUUUAACCCUUUUCUCCAUAAUUGUAAUUCUUAGAAUUUGAUCGUCAAAAUUAAUAA